UUAAAAAUUGAAGGGAGAAGAAAAUGGCUCCGGCGAAGAAGGGGAAAACGAAAGCUCCGAAAGGUACUGAAUCAAUUGAAUCGUGCCUCAAAACGAACAAUUACCCUUCUUGUCUUCGCUCUGUUUCUUCUUCUUCCGUCGCCAUUACCAUCCACGCAAAGCCUGGCUCCAAGAUCGCCUCUAUCACAGAUUUUGGCGAUGAUGCGUUGGGAGUGCAAAUCGACGCACCGGCGAAAGAUGGAGAAGCUAAUGCUGCGCUUCUUGAUUACAUGAGCUCUGUUUUAGGUGUCAAAAGAAGACAAUUAUCUAUAGGUUGUGGCUCUAAAUCCAGAGACAAGGUUGUGAUCGUGGAGGAGGUAAGCUUACAAAGUGUUUUUGAUGCUUUGAAUAAGGCCUUAACAUGAUUCUAUAGGCUCUUUGGAAGUGUACACCUUUUAACGGAAUAUCUGCAUACUGUAAUAAGUACAGGUGGAUUGCUGCCGCAAAAUUUUAAGUUUUACAUCUAGAUGUUACUCUUAGUUGUCUAUAUUUGAUUUAAACCUCGACAAUAUCUUAACCUGACUGCUAGCCUUAUACUUCUGCAAAGAUGAGGUUUCAGUGAAAUUCUUGUCUCAACAUAAAGGCGAUUAAUCUUGUUCUUGAGUA